AGACAAUGCCCCUGGCCUGUACGGCGCCACCUAUUCUCCCAGCGACGAAGACGACAAACGGAACAAGAGCGACAUCGAGAGCGAUCGAGCAGCAGCAGCGGCGCCGGAGCCACGUCAGGAACUCGGCGGCAGCAGCAGCAGCAGCAGCAGCGGCGGAAGCAGCGACACCGGUCUCGGGAGAGCAAGCCGCGGCCCAGGGCGGUCCCAGUUCGAGCACCGUCGCCGCCAUCCUCCUGUUCGUCCUGAUACUGCCGGCGGCACCCGACCCGGCGGCGGCGGCGGCGGCGGCGCACCACAACGCGACGACGCCGCUCUCGCUCCUGAACCCCUGGUUGUCAGCCUGUGAUAUCGCGGACCCGGCCACCGCGCCGGACCUCAGGGGCAGCUGCAGUGCGCGGGACGCGAUGCCCUCUCUCUCGGAUAAUAAUCACUACAGUAAUAAUUACGAUAGCGGAGUUAAUAAGCAGCGUAACAAUAAUAGUAGUAGUAAUUACGGUAGGGACACGGAGGCGGCGGCGGCGGCGGCGGAGGCCGAGAUGACGACGGGUCGGCUCAACGGGCAGGUGUCGGAGGGCCCGGGGCCGCCGUGCGGGGGCGGGGGCGGAGCAGACCGAGAGUGCCUUUGCGGGGGCGUGUGCUGCGGCCGCGCGCCGCUCGACGCGCUCAAGCCCGAGGCGCGCGCCGCCGCGCUGCGCGGCCCGCCCGCCGCCUGCCGCGCGCACCUGCGCGCCCUCGCGCGCCUCGACGCGCUCGCCGCCACGCUCGCCUGCAAGUUCGACGAGCUGCUGCGCCGCUACGACUGCGCGCAGGACUACUCCGUCAGCUUCGGCUGCGCCCACUGCCAGGUAGGCCGCAGCGUCGCCCGCGUCCCACGCCGCGCCGCGCCGCGCCGCACACGCGCCAUCGAUCCGCCGCGCCGCGCCGCGCCGCGACGCUACUCCACGUGGCGCCCGGAGAGCGUCGUGGCACGCCGUGCGACGCCCCCUCCGGCGAACACCCACUACAAUCUGCCAAUCCACUGA